AAUGAACCUGUCUACUGCGGGAGAAUGGUAUCCUCAGCAAAAUAUGCUGCUGAAAUGUAUACGCCCAGCGUCUGUUGAGGGUACAAUGAAAUGGACAGUCAAUAACAACGAUCCUGCACUAGACCCCAGUAAAUAUCUAAUUUCAGAUGAUCAUAGCUCUCUCACUGUGAAAAACGUUGAUGAGAAAGACAAAGGUCGGUACUCAUGUAUUAUAGAAAGGACAAUACCUUACAUUCAGUGGCAAGAUAUAGAUAUUAAACCAAUUCCCAAUAUCAUAGUGGGUGAAAGCGUAAGAACGUUCCAGUGUGUAGAUCAAAAAGUUAAACUUGAAUGCUGUGAAGCAAAAAAUGAAUUUAGUUGGAAAUCAACAACUCCUGGCUACAGCUUGACAUCUUCAGGGGACAGAUGUAUCACAUUGAUACAUUCAAUUGAAAAUGGAAAAUGUGAGAGUGAAACCUUUACAUGCCAGCUGGAGAACGAGGCACUACGACUUUUCAGCUAUGGCAGUAAAAGUAUCAAAGUUCUGAAAAGCACGGAAGCAUUUAUCUGUAAAAAUACAACGCUUGGAGAUGGAAAAGAGGAUGCAACUUUGAAAGGGCCCUGUGAAAAAGGCAAAGAAGGCAACAUAAUUUAUCGAUGUAAAUCAGGGAAGUGGGAAGUGGAAGACGAUACAAACUGUGUGCUUCAAGUUAUCAAAGACCUUGAAAAGAAAGUUGAGACCUUGGCUCCAAAAGACAUACCAUUGGUUGUGGCUGACCUCAAAAAAGCUACAGCAGACAAUCCAGAAGAGAUAACACAGUCUCCUGUGACUGUCCAAACAAUUGUUGGAAUACUUAUAAGAAUCUCUGAUACAGCACAAACCAUUAUCAUCAAUAAGCCUGUGAUGGAGAAUUUCCUUAAAACAGUGGAUAUCCUUAUUUCAGACAUUGCCAUUAACUCAUGGGAGAAUUUGAACAAUAACAGCAGGACAGACAACACCAGCACUGCACUUCUAAACGCUAUUGAGAAUAUAAGUAGCCGUCUCACAAAUGGCAAUUUUACAAUUAAUGCAACAUCUAUUGAGUUAAAUAGAACUGUAGCAGACAGAUAUAGUGGCAUAUCAAACCUGGAAAACUCAACUACUGAGAUUCUCAUACCGCAGAUUUCUGAAUCCAUACCCAUAACUAUCAUAGUCUUCACAAAUCUUGUCAAUGUCCUACCUACUCGUAAUAUUAAAUAUAAAAAUAACACUAAUUCAGAUGUGCGCAUCAAUGGAGAUGUGGUUGUUGUUAAGGUGAACCAAACGGUUAACAACAUUUCUUUUGCAUUUGACAUUACUAAUCAGUCUUUGGGAAAUCCUCAAUGUGUCUUUUGGAACUUCAGUCUUGACGCAUGGGAUUCCACUGGAUGUGAAGUAAAGCCCUCAGGGAACAAACCUGGCAAGAUUACAUGUGAAUGUGACCACACAACCUCUUUUUCAAUCCUAAUGUCACCAUUUUCCAUUGAUGACAUCGCCUUAGACUAUAUAACAUACAUUGGCGUAGCUAUUUCAAUGGCCAGCUUGAUUUUGUGCCUCAUUAUUGAGAUUGUCGUGUGGAAGUCAAUGACAAGAAAUGACACAUCCUACAUGCGACAUGUCUCCAUAGUCAACAUUGCCGUGUCCCUGCUGAUCGCAAACAUCUGUUUUAUCAUUGGAGCCGCAGUCGCGCAACAAGAGCAGCCAACAUCAGUGGGUCGCUGCAGUCCAGCGGUUUUCUUCAUGCACUUUUUUUACCUGGCCCUUUUCUUCUGGAUGUUAAUUUCAGCGCUGUUGCUCUUUUACCGUACAGUCAUGGUCUUGUCCCAAAUGUCAAGGGCCAGAAUGAUGGCCAUUGCCUUCAUAGUCGGUUAUGGUGCACCUUUGCUCAUAGCGGUCAUUACUGUUGCGUCGACAGCUGGACCUCAGAAAUAUAUCACGAAACAAUUAGCAUGCUGGCUGAACUGGGAUGAGUCUAAGGCCCUUCUGGCAUUUGUGAUUCCAGCUCUCACUAUUGUAGCCAUAAACCUUGUGGUUUUGAUUGUGGUUCUGUAUAAGAUGUUGAGGAGAGGAGUUGGUGCCACAACUCAACCGGAUGAGAAACAUGCCCUGGUGGUCAUUGCCCGAUGUGUGGCCAUAUUGACUCCUAUCUUUGGUCUAACAUGGGGAUUUGGAAUUGGAACCAUGGUGUCCCGUAAAGUAGGCAUUCAUGUGGUGUUUGCACUCCUCAAUUCACUGCAGGGAUUCUUUAUUUUGGUGUUUGGAACGCUUUUAGACAGCAAGAUCCGUGAGGCACUGGCAGGAAGGCUGUCACUAAGGAACCUUACCAGCUCUAACCCUACCAGGAGUACUAGUGCAGGACCAUCAUCUUCAAGCGGGCCGGGUUUCUUUCAAAGGAUGCGUAGGAGAAGAAAUAUGUACAACGUAUCUGAAGCCAGCGCUAUCUCAGCAGCAACAUCUUCAAACAGCUAUGGUGGCUCAGAUACUUUUAUGAAUGCAUAAUCAGCUACUUGAUUAACUUUUAGUCUACUUUGUUAAAUAUUAAACAGACUUUUCCAAACAAGUUUUCUACACUGCAAGUAUAUGUAAACUGUACAAUGUUACUAAUUUCUGGGAAGAAGUGUUUCUAUGUUCUGAAGUAUUAA